AUCGUGGAGAUGGGGUUUUCGCCCCAGCAAGCACGUGUAGCAUUAGCGGCCACCGACACAGGCCUUGAUGUACAAGCCGCCCUUGAAACGUUGCUCUCCAACGGUGCGGGGGCCACCGACGACUCCGCAGAACCACCUGAAGUCCGUCCUAGGCGACGGGAGCGGCCGGCUGACCGGUACGGCGAUGCAGACAAUCAGGAUUCGACGCCUCACGAAAGCUCUCGCCCAGAAAUGCCUCGCAGACCUUCCGCCCGCACACGGCCCUCUCAGGAGCCACCCGAAGCAAAUUAUCAACAACAUGCUGACAAGCUCAUUGCGCAGGCUAGCGAGAUUGGGCUGACCAUGUUCAAUCGCGCCAACGCUCUCUGGAAUCAAAGCAAAGAGAAGGUUCAGAAGGCAUAUGAGGAACGGGCCGCGGCAGCUCGUGCAGGUAGCGCGAACCGUCCCACAUCGGACGGGCGUCCCAAAUGGAUGCAGGAUUCAUUAGACGUGGAAGAAUCUGGGCGACGACGAGGGUCGGGAUCUAGAACGGAAUCUAUAUACGAUGACAAUGUUGAAAGCCCUCCUUCGAGGCCUUCAAAGCAACGUCCAACAGCGCAGGGCAGACCACAACCCCACGUCAACACGGAGGAUCUCCUCAGUGACGAUGCCCCCAAGGCAUAUAUAUCACCCUUUCGGAGAGGAAAGCCCCCAGCUGCUGCUCCCUCCCCUCCUGCAUACAAGUCUGCGCCACCCCGUACACCCUCUCCAAUCCGCUUGGUUCAGCGACAAACUAUUUCAGCGACACCUUCGGCCAUAGCAGCCUCCGCAAAAUACAAGGUCACAGGGACGGAGUCGUUUAAGCUCGGACAAUUCGCAGAAGCCGAGUCCGCGUACUCCUCUGCCAUCUCUCAACUACCGGACUCCCACAUCCUCCUCAUCCCACUCCUCAAUAACCGUGCCUUGACCCGGUUGAAAACAGGGAACACGUCUGGAGCGAUCGAGGACUGUACAACGGUGAUCAGCGUCAUCGGGCCAUCCUACCACCCAUCUCGAGAGGCAAAGCUGACGAAGGAGGAUGAGGGUGCCACUGUUGAUCUUGCGGAUGCACUCGUCAAGGCAUGGAAACGACGUGCGGAGGCAUAUGAAGGGAGAGAGAAGUGGGACCUCGCGCGGAAGGACUGGGAAGCGAUCGCCAGCGUAGAUUUUGCGGGCAGGUUGAGAAGCGAGGCGGUGAGCGGCGCCGCAAGGUGUCGCAAGAUGCUGAUAUCUGAUCCCGGCGACGACUCUGGCACAAAUGCCCGUCCAUCUCCCUCGCUAGCGAAAGUGCCUCGGCGACCACCGCAAAAGCGUCCCACGCCUCCCUCUGCCGCGCUCAACCGACUGCAACAGGCGAACAAGGCCGCAGAGGCCGAAGAUGACGCGCGUUACGAGCUGAAGGAUUCCAUCGAUGCGCGACUAGCAACGUGGAAGCAGGGCAAGGAGACGAAUCUGCGCGCGCUGAUUGCGAGCUUGGACACUGUGCUCUGGCCGGAGCUGGGAUGGCAAAAGGUCGGCAUGGCGGAAUUGGUGACCCCAAAUCAGGUGAAGAUCAGGUAUACCAAAGCAAUCGCGAAGCUACAUCCUGAUAAGUUAAACGUGAAAAAUACUACGCUGGAGCAGCGAAUGGUCGCGAACGGAGUGUUCGGGAGUCUGAACGAUGCCUGGAAUGCAUUCAAGCCAUGAUGUAUCCCCUCGUUAGAACAUGUAGUGCUGGAUAUGAUUGAGAAAUAGAACAGGCUUGCUAUGGACGUG